AACCGUUGGGGCUCCGCUGGAGGCACAGAGGCUGCGGGAGAAUCUGGUGGGUGGACAUCCAGACGUGCCUCGGAUACAGAAACUGAAAGCCAUUUGUGGUUUUUGCAAGACAUUUUUUUUUCUUGGUGGGAAAAAGAGCUGAAUAACUUGCAGGGAUCCGUCCCAGAAAUGGUCCCGUGAAGGAAAAGGCAUCUGGAGACCCACCAAAGCCCUUGGAUCCAUCUGGAGUUGCUCUGCAGGACAGAGAAAGGAUGGGGACACAUCCUUUUGCCAAGGAGGGAAGCGGAAAAGGCCCUUCAGCUGCUCAGCCUGGGAAGGGGGGAAAGCUCUGGACAAGGACUGGGCAGAAGAUCCUGGAGGAGGAAACCAUCCUCCCUUCCGAAGUUCAGCCUGGGAACUUCAUUCAAUACCGGGAGAUUGAGGGUCCCCGAAGACUUUGCAGCCGACUCCACACCUUUUGCAGGUGGUGGCUGAGACCAGAAAAGCACACCAAAGCCCAGAUGCUGGACAUAGUGGUUCUGGAGCAGCUCCUGGGUCUCCUGCCUCCGGAGAUGGAGAGCUGGAUUCGGGAGUGUGGAGCAGAGACCAGCUCCCAGGCGGUGGCCCUGGCAGAAGGCUUCCUCCUGAGCCAGGCAGAGGAGCAGAAGGAGCAGGUCCAGUUGCAAUGCUGCACUGUGGAGAUCAGAGAUCCUGAGGGAGAGAAUCCCUCUCAGGAGCUAUUUUUCAGGAGGAUCCCUUGGGAAGAUCAAAGUCAGGACAGCUCAGGAGAGAAACAAAGAAUGAAGCUUUCUGGUUUUUAUGAUGGACAUCAAACAGCGGCUGAACCUCCAAGCCAACCAAUGGCUCAGACUACCAGAUCAAUCAAUGAUAGACAGAGCGAUGGAUCAAUUGAUCCAGAGGGGAGUCUUAUGACCUUCGAGGACGUGGCUGUGUCUUUCUCUGAGGAGGAAUGGUCUCAGCUGGAUCCUGAUGAAAAAAUACUCCAUUCUGAAGUCAUGCUUGAAAACCAUAGGAACGUGGUCUCUCUGGGUAAUAAUGGGCAGGAGAAACAAGAUUCUUGUGAACUGUUCCAAGUGAUCAGUGCUAAAGAUGGAACUGAGAAGUUUGGAAUUCAAAUGGAAAUUGAAAGCCAUGACAGAAACCAGUCGAAGAAUUGGAAUCAGGAAAGCUCAUGUUUCACUGAUACUCCGAUGCAAGACUUUCUUGCCCAACAAGAGAAAAUAAGGAAAAAAUAUAUUGGAAAAAAUGUGAAUCUAAUCAAAGCUAAAGUACAAGUAAAUGAACACUAUUUAACCCAAAACAAAGGAGAAGAUGCUAUAAGAAGACACAACGGACAAAAUUACAAUGGAACAAUCAUUCUUUUUCUUGAAAAAACCAUCCUUACAUCUCAAAAAGUGAUUGACACAAAAGAGAAGUCUUAUAAAUGUUUGGAAUGUGGAAAAUGUUUUAGAAGAAGUGCGCAAGUUACUAUCCAUAAAAGGAUCCACACAGGGGAGAAACCAUUUAAAUGCAUGGAAUGUGGAAGGAGUUUUUCUCAAAGAGGUAAUCUUACCGCCCAUAAGAUGAUCCACAAAGGGGAGAAACCAUUUAAAUGCAUGGAAUGUGGAAAGAGUUUUGCUCAAAGAGGUAAUCUUACCACCCAUAAGAUGAUCCACACAGGGGAGAAACCAUAUAAAUGCAUGGAAUGUGGAAAGAGUUUUGCUCAGAAUAGUGGUCUUAUUUCUCAUAAAAGGAUCCACCCUCGGGAGAAACUAUAUAGCAAUAGCAAUUCCACUUAGACUUACAUACCACUCCAGAAUGUUUCAUCAUACUCUGAGAGCAGUCUACAUAUUGUCAGCAUAUUGUCCUCAACAAUCUGGGUCCUCAUUUUGGUGAUCUCAGAAGAAUGAAAGACUGAAUCAACCAUGAGCUGGUCAGGAUCGAACUCCUAGCUGUGGGCAAUUAGCUUGUAGUACUGCGUUCUAAUCACUGACGCACCGUGUCUCUAUAGAUUUGUGUGUUUAUGCAUAUUGUGCCUUUCUGAUCCAAAUGAAAGAAGGUUGAAUCCAACAAAAUGAAACUUAAUGUGGAGAAAAGUAAGAUUUUACACCUGGGCAGGAAAAACAGAU